AUGUGCAAACGACUUUUUAGAUGCUUUGGUCUUUUUUCUGAUUCUCAUUUAGAUAAAAAACCCUAUACCUAAAUAAAUUACAAGAGUGACUUCUAAGAAAUAAUAGAAACUCGUUUAAUAGAAGUUAAAGGAUGCUUAAGCAUAUUGAAAUAUUAUGCUAAAAUAGGAUUUCAAGCCUUUUUAUACCUUUCUAGUGUUCUAGAACUUAUCUUUACAUUAAUUUAUAGCUCAUAUAAUAACAUUACUGAUGAAACUGUAUACUAUGAAAUCUGUUAUAAUUUAUCAAUAAUUUUAUGUGUUUCAAUUCAUAGUGGAGUUUGGAUGUAUACUUAUCAUUUCAAAAAAGUUGCUUAAAAUAGUAUAUUUGUUGAAAUUACUAAUUAUAUUUAUUAUAUGCUUUUUGGAAUAUUAAGUUAUUUUAAAUUAGCUCCAUUUAUUAUUUAUUACAACAGAGAUUAAUCAAUUAAACAAUUCUCAUUCAGUUAAAUUAAUAAAUACUAAAUAUUGAAUUAUGAAGAUAAAAAAAGAAAUCCAUGUAGGCUUUUUAAAGAUAGAAAAAAACCUGUCAAUAUCUUUAGGGAUCUCAUAUUCCAUCGAGUUGCUCUCCUCUCUAUGAUGAUAAUGAUUACUUUUUAAACAAUUCCUUAACUAGUUAUAUAAGGCUUAUUUAAUUAAUUAAAAGGAUCAUGGGAUGGAUUUAAUAUUUUUUGUUAUGGAUUAUUAGGAAUUAAUUUUAUUAAUUUCUUUUUUGAAUUUUAAUUCAUCUUAUAUUCCAAAUCUAAUAGUUAAUUGCAAACAGAUAUAAAUUAUACAUUUACAUUAAAAGAUAUCGAAUUAAAAUUCAUUUAAGAAACAAAAUAAUUAAUAUAAUCUAAUUUUAAAUAUUUAGCAUUUGUUAAAUCAUGUUAUUUUCAUAUUAAUCUAAGUAAAUUCAGCCCUUAUCAAAAGAAAAGAUCUAUGAUUUAAAUAAUAGGUUUCUUAUUAAAGUAAAAGCAAUAUUAAAACAUUUAAUUUCAUUUUAUUGAUAAAUAUGAAUAAGAUACUUUGCAGUAUUUAGCUAAUUGUUUUAAAUUCAUUAAUGUAGACAAAAUAUGUCUUUUAUAUCAUGAAGAAAAUAGUUUAGUACUUUUGAAGGAUAUUUUUAAAAGUAUCCCAAAUCUAAAAUUUUACCCUUAAGCCUUACAAUAUUUUGAUUAUUUAUGGUUGGUUAAAGAUGCUUAUGAAGAAUAGAACAAUAAAUAAGAAAUACAAUUUAUUGGAAAUCCAAAAAUAACUGUAGGUUGGUAAGAAGCACAAAAAUCUUAAUUUAUUAUAAAUGAGUAUAUAACAAUUUCUAAAGAAUUUUAAGAGCUGAUUUCCAACUUCAAAAAACGAAGGCAAAGUGACUUAAACAAAAUUUUUAAUUCAGCAAAUGACACAAUAAAUGCUUAUGAUAAAACUGAUUUUUUUCUAGAAUCAGUUGGCGAUAAUUACUGUCUAUAUAAAUUGUACAGGUUUUAUCAUUAUUAAUGGAAAAAAUUGUAUUGUUAUUAAAACUAUAUAAAAACUGCUUGGGACUUUCUACUAUAAAUUUUAUCUUUUGUCUAUGUCAGUGUUUAUGAUAAUACUUUUACAAAGGCAAUAUUAGUCUUAGCUAUUAUGAAUGUUGUCUAUUAGAUUUUGUCAUUUACAAUAUUUUAACAGGUUGUAUUUAAAGCUUUUUCAAUUUAAACAUAAUUGAGUCUUGUUUUAAUUUUUACUGUAAGUGCCAUCACAUAAGUAUGGGAAGUGUUUGAAUCAGUUUUAAAAAAAGAUUUGAAACAUUUUGCUGGAGUUAAUAGAUAUUUUGGUUCUUAAACAUGUAAUAAAUUCAAAUAUUAUGCCUCAAAACUUAAAGGGAAUGUAGCUAAUUAAAUAUUUAAUUUUGAAGACUAAUUUUAAAUAAAAGAUGACUUAAAAAUUUCACCAUAAUUUGAAGCUAUAAUGUGGAGAAUAAAUACUGAAGAUGUUUACAAUAAAAUAGCUUAGAUCUUUCUAUAUAUUUUAUCAUUAUAAUAUGACCAUCUUGAUGCAGUUUGGGCUAUUGCUUUCAUCAAACUACUUUUAGACACUAUUGAGAGAUUAAUAGAUUUAUUAGAAGUUAUUAUUUUAGAUUAUUUGAUUCCAGCAUUAAUUUUGAGCAAAGUUUCAGUCGAUUAAUUUUACUCAUCUAUGUUUUAUUUAAAUACAAUAUCAAAGUAAAUAAUAUUGGAACAUCCUAAAUCUUUUUCAAUUAUUUCAAAAGUAGAGUUAUAUCAUUCCCAAGUACACAAUUGCAAAAUUAAUUUGAAAACAUUAAAUUACUCUCAGUACUAUGGUUUAAAAAAAAUGAAGAUGUUAGCUUAUUUUCAAAAAGGACUUCUUAUUAUAAAAAGUAUUUUAGAAAUUGAUUAGGCAUAAAGAUUGUUUUGUAUGGGAAGCGAAUUAGAUGAUUUAAUAAGUUGUUUAAAAGUGAGUCAAAUCUAUUAAUUAAAAUUGAAUUAUUAUUUAGAUGAAGUAAAUCCAAUCCAUAUUCCUCAUAUUAAUGUAAUUAUUAAAAUAGCCCAAAAGAAUUAAAGUUUUUGCAACUCUAAGUAGAAGCUACAAAUGAACAUUAAAUGGAAUUUUGCGUUAAAAGAAAGAAAACUCUUAUAGCUUUUUCAUACUCAUAUUUCUAAAUAAUUCAAUAAUAAAGAAAUAAUGAUGCUUAGGUAGAAAUCGAGAUAAAUUUAAAUAUAAAUGAGAAUUUUUUGA